AUGAAGAAGAAGGAGAGAAAAUCCGCGGGCCCCCGCUUUCUACUCAACCGCUCUGGAGUGCCCUUGUCCGAAGAAGCAUGGGAUCGCAUGUUCACUUUCUACGCCAAAAAUGAUAAGCAGUUAAGAUACAAAAUCGAAGACAAAGCCAAGUAUAACAAAACAAAAUAUCCAAGUUUACCUAAAUUGAGCGCCUUGGACAAGAACGCUCCUCGGUAUGCCGAAGUAUCGCUCUACCUCUGUAAUAUCAAAGGCUACUUUAACCAGCUUGAGUACAAUCACACAGGAACUCAAAUUUUCGAAAUAUCGAAGCUGACGGGUUUCUCAAGGCUGAUGGAAAAGGCGAAAUUCAUUAUCCGUUGCUCGAUGCCGAUCAAAUGUUUAGAAGCGACUGUUGUAGGAAUGUAUCUGACUUGCUUCAUUCCGAAGCUCAUCCGCUUCCCGAUUACUUUUAAAUCCGUUUGCAAUGGGCAGACUUUCUAUCACAUCGUGCUAGGAAUCUACUACGAGGGACAACUUGGCUCUAUUGGGCUCUCAAGAAGAGACGAUUUAGCUGACAAGCCAUUGAUAUACGACAGCUUGGCUGGCUUGAUCCGCGAAUUUCAGCGCUGCUACGCGGGUUACAGUCACAAGUUGCAGAAAGUAACAAUUGGGGGACCCGUUCCCACCGAUCUCACUUCACAAAUUCAAGUGCAGUGGAAUAGAAAAAAGUUUACUCUCAACUCAAAAUGCGACUGGAACUCGAUGAGCAGAUUACCUCGGACCUUCAAAAGGGAUCAGGAGUCAUCGAGCAACGUAACCUUUGGACAACCUAGAAGUAUGGAAGCACUCCUCAGUAUGAUAAAGCUUGACACCACAAAGUACGCCAUUCCGUCAUCGCCGAUGACAAUACGCCCAGUCACUCAAUUCACUCCAAAACGCGCUUCCCGACAUUCUCUGGUUCCAAGUACCUCGCGUCUUCCUGCUGCUUAUUCGAAACCAGCCGCUCGCGUCCGUAUCUUCAAUCGUCCUCAGCUGAGCAGUACAACGCGCAUCUUUCGUCCAUCGUGA